ACACGUACCGAGUUGGACGCACCGGCGCCAUCAUGGUGGAAAUGAAUGGCUGCAGAAUCAGACGCUGUUCGCUGUUGACCCUCGCCCGCCCCCGUAACGUCGCCAUGUUUUGAUCGUUUAACGGGAUCCCAGCGUUGGUGAUGGAGUGCGACAUCCUGGACUCCCUGGAGCAGCUCGGCUAUGACGGCCCUCUGCUGGAGGAGAAGGCGCUGCUUAAAGCCGCAGGGGAAGGCCUGUCCUCCCCGGAGUAUGUGGACCUCUGUCGAUGGUUGACUUCCAGACUGAAGCCCCUGUGUGGUCUGGAGGAGAGCAUCACAUCUGGACCAGACGACCUGGACAGUCUCCAGGUGGAGAUGAGUGCUCUGCUGAGAGAGCUGCACUGUCCCUAUGAAGGAGCGGUGUCGGGGGUUCUGCGGGGCGGCACGCAGGGCGCUAAAGACCACCUAAAGCUUGUCCUGUUUCUGAGCUCCGAGCUUCAGGCGGCUCAGAUCGUGAGCGGCAGGCGGGACCCGGAGAAUCACCGAGAGGAGAGUCCGGCUCGGCGGGAGCUCGCCGCCAUCUGUGAAACGCUGAAGCUGCCGGAGCCCGGAGGGAAAGAGGCAGCAGAGGUUUUUUCUGAGCUACAGAACAAGGUGGAACAUUUGCUUCAAGGUCUUCCUAGCGGCUCCGUUGGGAAGCCAGUGUUGAAGAAGCCUCUGAGCAGCGAGCAGUGGGAGAAGCUGCAUGGCAUCAACAGAGCUCUGUCGUCGGAGUACGAGUGCCGCCGCCGGAUGCUGAUCAAGCGGCUGGACGUGACGGUCCAGUCGUUCGGCUGGUCGGACCGAGCCAAGGUGAAGGUGGACAGCAUGGCCGGAGCCUACCAGCCCCGCCGGCACUCCCUGAGGCCCCGGCCCUCCGUGGACGCGGCUGAGCUCCUGGCCGCCAGGGAGGACAUCUGCAACGUGGUGAAGACCAGCAGCGGCUCCAGCCGGCAGAAGACGGCGUGCGCGGUCAACAAGGUUCUCAUGGGGAGAGUACCGGACCGAGGAGGACGGCCCUCCGAGAUACAGCCCCCGCCGCCUGAGAUGCCCGCCUGGCAGAAGAGGCAAGACGGAGGAGGAUGGGGAGGGCGCGGCGGUGGAGGACGAGGAGGAGGAGGUGGCUGGGGUCAAGGAGGACGAGGAGGCGGCUGGGGUGGUGGAGGUGGACGGAAGGGAGGCGGGUGGAACCAAGGAGGACAGAACCGACACGGUGAUCAUGGAGGACACGGAGGGAAGAGAGGACGAUAUCAGUAUUAGCUCCCGCCGCGACUCGCUGGUCACUGAACCACAUCUGGAUAAAAAAAAAAUGACCCAGAUGUGGUUCAGCACGAACUCAGUUCCUGUCUGGUGGAGGGAAAACUCUCACCGGACGGCAGGCGGACAACGGGGGACUUUAUAAACCGGAUUUUAUAAACCAUGUGUUGAUUUUAUUUGUAGCAAACUUUAGUGUUUCGUAUUGAUUUUUUUUUUGUGUUUCCUGGACAAACCAGCAGUCAUUACAGGAUUUCAGACGUUAAACAGAGUGAAAGGUUAAAUUUUCAAAGUAAUCAAGGAGAUUCGGCAACAGCUUAAAACUGAGAAUGUCAUAAGCAGCCGGACGAUGCUUCUUUUCACCAGAUUUCACGACUAUAGGUGAGGGCAGGAACGUAGACCGACGGGUAACUCCGUCUGUCCCUCACUGGAGGCUCUCUGCCCUUUCCUGGUAAAUCCUGCUUAGGUCACUUUGUGCUUUGGAGACACAACUUGGAAAGGUGCUGGAACAUUUCACGCUAACUACUGGUGGCAAACAAUGUUUUUCUUUUCAACUGUGAACACCAGAGGUAUUAGAGAGGCGUCACGGCGGGUCAGAGGAGUGCGGUGCUGGAUCAAAGGCUGCAUGCGUUCCCCAUGGCCUUAGAUGUUAUACGGGAUUUGGGUUUCUAAAAGAUGCUCAUCGUGAACCAUUCUUUAUAUUUACACAACUUGAAAUUUAUGUGAUGCACAAGCUUGAAUCCUUUGUGGAUUUUCUCUAAUUCCACAUUUACAUACAGGCUCAGAUAUAUGUGCUCAUCCCUAAUAGUAUUUGGUUUCAUGCCCCUGAGCAACUGAACAAUUUUUGCGGCCUCUGGAAGUCUGACCGCCGCUCUCGGCUUGAAGGGGGCAGGUUUAAGGCGAGGCGACACAUUUCCAGCAUGUUUGAGCUCUUUGGGCUUUCCCGACAUUCUACAGCUCUGUUUGGUUAGUAUUAAUUCACAACAAAUGAUGCCUCUGCUCUUUACGAAAGCCCCCACAGGGGAAAAAGCCUCUCCUUUUAUAGAGAGAAAUAGCUAGUCAGUUUUAUCCCGUCAGACAGAUUCAGUUAGUUUCAGUUCAUUGUGAAACAUCGCAGCCAAGUUCAGUUUUCCAGUCAGCUAGCUGUUGAAUUUGGACAAAGUCUUCCUUCUUUACCAUUCCAUCCAGUUUGUGGAGCGCCAACAUCUCCCAACCCACGCAGCUCCACAGCAUGAUGCUGCCACCACCAUGCUAGGAGGUCGGCGCAGUUUUACUAGUUUAGUAAACCUCCUCACGACUCUGUGUUUUUUUUUUGUUUUUUUUUUUCAUAAGAGCACAGAAGAAAAGAAUGCAACAAUAAAACAGCAAUAUUUAAUGGUCUAAUAAUAUAAAGUGAACCACUUGUGGCUCUGGAACUGCAAGAGUCAGACCCCUGAUCUAGCAAUGAAAACUGAUCUCAGCUCAAUACGGCUGAAGCUAAACGUGAAACACCUUCAUUUUUUAAAUCCUUUUCAGAGUAAAACUGUAUAAGUAAAAAAUAAAAUUAGUCAAAGUGAUCAAUCAAUUAUGGUUUCCUUGCCAGUGUAUGCAAUCCCAAGAAGUGCAUUUAAUGUAAUGUCUUUAGUACAGGAGCAUUUCUACAGGGGCACUGGCCCCUUGUGGCCCCCGUCAAGAACCGCCCCUGCCAAACACAUUAAACUUGGUUUUGAAAUGGAUUAAAUAGGCUGACGUUAAGCUUUAGGAACAGCUUCACUGGAAAUACGUGGAUUAGCUUUUACAAACCAGUGGCUACAAAAAAACAAAACAAGCGGUUAGUAUGAAAGUUGCUUGGUGGGCAAAUAUCAGCGUCUGUUCCACCAUCAUGUGGAUAUGACAUAAUACUUUGUUUUUUUUUUUAAAAAUGGUUCAUCAUCAGGAAAGAGUAGAAAUAAAUAAUAAAAAGCCACCAUGAGUGAAUGUAAACUUCUGACCUGUGAUGUAAAUGUGGCCGGUCCAGAUAGGAGCCAGAUGAGACUGAGCGACAGUUUGUUUACAUCUGAAGUAUCACAAAUAGGACAUUUAAUGCAUUUUUCUACAUUAUUUCACCUAAAAGGAGGGAAAAACCUCUUUUUAAAUUUGUAUUACUCUGAACUGAAAACAUAUCACCAGUGCUGCAAAGGUGCUACCUAAAGCAGGCAUGUAUACUGUGACAGGAACCCUCACCUCUGAUUUAAAUGAAUAAAAGCCUCUCCUGUUAA